AUGGCGCACUUGGAAGGGACGUGGAUCGUCAUCGGUGGAGCCGACAAAGGCGGCAUCCUGGUGCGCAAGUCUGAGGAGCUGUCCUCGGAAGCCUUGGAGGAACGACUGGAAUAUGGCGCCCUUCUUCAGGAGGAGGAACUGAAGGGCAGCCGCUUACGAUAUCGAAAGAUCUAUGGCAAAGGUCCAGAGAUCGGAUGGAUUAGCACCAAAAUCCACGGAAAGGAGCUGGUGACGCGGGUGAUGCCUCCGCACCUGACACGACUCCAAGGCGCUCGCGGCCAUCAGCUGCAACUGGGCGAGCCGGAGCUGACCUUCUACGCCAUCAGCGAUGUGCACGUGGAGCUGAAGGAGAACAUGCACUGGCUCAACAACUUGCCAAGCGUUCCAAACUCCUGCAUCAUCGUGGCUGGUGACCUUGGGGUAAGCCUCACACAGGUGAGACACGCUCUGCAAGUCUUCAAGCAGAAGUUCACAUAUGUGUUCUACUGCUAUGGAAACCAUGAGACCUGGUGUCACAAGAGCCUUGGCGAUGAGGACUACCGGCCUGUAGCCGAUUCCUUCGACAAGUUGGAGCUGCUAAAAGACAUUUGCAUCCAAGAAGAGAUCUUUAUCUCUCCGCAGUUGUUGCACAAUGUCUGGGUGGUGCCAGUGUUGGGCUGGUACCAUCGAUCUUGGGAUACGGAGCCUCCACUCCAAGCACCACCGGGGCAG